AUGGUGGCUGAGUAUCAGCCGCAUGGCUACGCCGGGGCGCACAAGGACAGCGUGGUCGGCGGCGCCGAAGCCAUCUUCGAGCUGAACCGGAUUUUGUCGAUCACGACCUGUUGUCCGAUACCUUUCGACCCUCCUGUCGGCGCCAAUGAUACCAGCCAUGCGCAGUCCGAAUUGCAGCCGCAUCUCUUUCAAGACGUUGCAAAGGAGUAUAACCUCCGGAUUGAGGUGAAAGUGACAAAAACGACAUCGAUUGCAGACUUCCGCCUUUUGAUAACCACCGUGUAUGAUCGUAUACUGCGCUGGCACACCACUCGCCAGUCGAUGUCUCUAUCAACCACACUGAACAUCAACCUCGUCAAUGUCCAGCACGGCGGACAUCUUGCCUCUUCACGGAGGAAGCCCAUAUGUAUCCUAUGCAGAGUGUUGUGA